CUGAGCUGGUGGCCAUGGGGCUCUCGAGUUGGCGGUUGGUGGUCGCGGCCGGCGCGGGUUUCGCGCUGGCCCUAGAGGCGCUGCCGUGGCUGGUGCGUUGGCUGCUGGCCGGGCGGCGGCCACGGCGCGAGGUGCUCUUCUUCCCGUCGCAGGUGACCUGCACCGAGGCCCUCCUGCAGACCCCAGGCUUGCCCUCCGGGCCCUCCUCGGGCUGCCCGUGCAGUCUCCCGCACAGCGAGAGUUCGCUGAGCCGUCUGCUGCGCGCGCUGCUGGCCGCCCGCUCCAGUCUGGAGCUCUGCCUCUUCGCCUUCUCCAGCCCGCAGCUGGGCCGUGCGGUGCAGCUGCUGCACCAGCGCGGGGUGCGCGUGCGGGUCAUCACCGACUGCGACUACAUGGCCCUCAACGGUUCGCAGAUCGGCCUGCUGCGCAAGGCAGGUAUACAGGUACGGCAUGACCAGGACCUCGGCUACAUGCAUCAUAAGUUUGCCAUCAUUGACAAGAAGGUGCUCAUCACUGGCUCCCUCAAUUGGACCACACAGGCCAUCCAGAACAACCGUGAGAACGUUCUGAUUAUGGAGGACACUGAGUAUGUGCGGCUCUUCCUGGAGGAGUUCGAGCGCAUCUGGGAAGAAUUUGACCCCACCAAGUACAGCUUUUUCCCCCAGAAGCAGCGAGGGCACUGACCCUGCUCUGUCUUGCUCAGUCUUCCAGCUUGCUCUUGUGAGGUUCCCUCCUGCUUUGGAAAAGCCUUUCCUGGCAGGGGGCAGUCCUGGGUACACUGGGCUGAUAAGUCUUCUUGUCCUCGCAUCCCCAUGAGAAGUCAGGAAGGAGGCGACAGUGGGCAGUGCUGUAGGGUGUCCUCUAGCAGUAGUUGUCUAGAUAGGCAGGCCAUCCUCUUCAAGUGGCUUCUGGGCAUCACUCGACAUGUCUGAUAGUACUGACCCUCUGCCAUUGGCCUUGUAGCCUGGCAGUUAGUCACCGGUGAGCACUAUGUAUAGGCGCCUUUAAUUUUCCAUGUCCCUCACAUUAGAGCAAUACUGUGACUUAGAAGUGACCUCGGCUCUAGCACCUGUGGACUCAUGGCUUUUUUGCUCAGUCAUGGAUCAGGAGCUGACAACCAAGGGAGGUAAGAAGAGCUGCCCAGGCUGUGAGCUCUGCUGUGGGCAUCCCAGGGAGUCAGAGGAACAAGUUUCUCAUUCGCAUUUGUGUGACAUGUUCCAAAUUACUUUGUUUUUAUAUGCAAGUAGCUCAAGUGACGUAAGAGCUAAUUUUGUCAUUGUUCAUGCUUGUGUGUGUGACAGGCUCCAUGUGGCCCCUUAAAGUCAGUCUGAGUAGAUGAAGUGUCCCUUAGCUCAUGGAACCAUUAGCAGCAGAUGCUGCUCAAUACAGGUGUUUUCUUUCUUUUUUGGGGGGAGGGGCAGGAAGAUAGUCUGACCAUGUAGCCCUGGCUGGUCUUCAACUCGGAGAUCUCUCUGAUUCUGCCUCAGGAACUGGGAUUACAGGCAUGUGCCACCAUGCCCAGCUAUUUUCACCCUUUUAAAUGUUACCUUUUACUUAGUGUUAAGACAAGCAAACUUGAUGUUGAUUUUCCAAAAGAUUUAACAGAAACUAUAAAGUAUAAUACUCAGAAGUAGUUAUGUUGGAUAAGUUCCUUUCCUUCUGGAGCUCGUGAAUUCCUGUGUGCUCUGGUGGGGGGAGAUCACAAAAUUUCCUUUGAGUGACAGUGCCACUGGGGACCUUGGACUGGUGGCACAUUUCAAUAAAUAUUACUUUAGAAUAUAAACUAUUACUUGUCUGCCUUAGCCUGCUGCAUUCAAAUGUGGCUACUCUUAAAAUACAUUGUGGGGGAGGUAUAUGGCUAUUUAGACCCCUGUGUAUACAGGAGUCCCUGGGAGAGCAAUAGCACUGUACAGUACCCACCUUCUGGUGGCUACUAUAAAUAAAUAAAAAAACAAAACAUUAUCUUUUGAGGGGUUAUGGGGACGGAUAGGGUCUUGCUGUGUAGCCCAGGCUGGCUGCCAUUAUGUCUGGCCUAGUUUGUUAUUCUAAAUUCAAUGAACAAAAAGUUAAAAAAAAAAAAAUCCAACAAACACCAAGAAUAUACCAUAAUUAGCAAACACUUUUGUUAAAUUUUGUGUUGUCUAUUUUAGCUAGUGUGUUUUCCAAACACCCCAGCUACUCUCUGGUACUAUUUCCAGACCUUC